AUUAACAAUAUCCAUUUUUUUUGAACCUAUCUAAACUUCUCUACUCAGAGUUGCUGUACAAAUUGCUGCACUUAAAAAUCAUUCGUUAAUUUUAUUCCCUAACCAAAAAUUAUUAGUGUACAUCAGCAUCAAGAAUCUGGCUGUGCGUGUAUAUAUGUUCUCUGUGGUUGAGGAAAGUAGAUUGAUUGCCUCAAAUUCUGCUAUAUUUUUAUAGCUUCAAAAUUCCUCUUUAUUUUUUGCUUUCAUUUUUUUCUGCAAAAAUGGGAGCAUGUGGAUCGAAACCUAAUGGGUGUAUAGGAAUUAAGGGGAGGAAGUUUGUUCAUAGGAAGAAAAACAAAGUAAGCAGAAGGAGAAAUGUGUCGAAGACUCAUUCAGCUUCUCAAAAUCUGAGCAAGGUGGAACCAUCUUCUUCAGCUGAUCAUUCUUUCUCUAAUCCUGUAUUUCAAGAGUCUUGGUUUGACCCGGAGAUGGUGAUUGAAUCUGACUGCGAGGACGAUUUUCAUAGCGUUCAAGAUGUCUUUUCCCAAAGUGGAUCUUUUUCGAACGGGGUUUCUCCAAGGUUUUCUGAUUAUGUGCAUCACAAUGGCAAUGCUACUUCUGACCUCCCCGAAAAACAUGAACAACCAUUUGGAACUCAAGAACCCAGUGUUGUCAAAGAAGGUGCUGCAAAAAGAAACUCUUCAGCAGAUUCUCAACUUAAGUCCAACAAUCCUCAAAAUGAGACGGAUGACCUAAGUUCUAAUGAUAAAACGCCCCGAAGCACAGAUCAAGGUGGUACUAGGGUUGAAACAGGAAUAUUCCACAAUUGUGGAAGGCAAAAUCCGUGUCUGCCUUGUCUUGCUUGUGUUGCCUCAUCGGAUGAAAAGAAAAAGUCACUAAACCCGACCUCACCACGCAGCAGGAGAAAAUCAUCCCUAACCCAGAUGUUAUCUUUUAAAUGGAGAGAAACAAAUUCAAGUUCUGCGUUAUUGUCACCAAAGACUGUUCUGCGAAGACCAAUAGCUGGUUCUCAAAUUCCUUGCAGCCCAUUGGGGAGGAAAAUGGCCAACUGCUGGUCAUCCAUCGAACCAAAUACUUUCAAGAUCCGUGGUAAAAAUUUCUUAAGGGAUAAGAAGAAGGAGUUUGCUCCAAACUGUGCUGCAUUUUAUCCUUUUGGAGCUGAUGUAUUCUUAUCACCACGGAAAAUUGAUCAUAUUGCACGUUUUGUGGAACUUCCAGCCAUGGAUUCAUCCAGUGAAGUUCCUCCCAUUCUUAUUGUGAAUCUUCAGAUACCUUUGUACCCUCCUGCAAUCUUCCAAAAUGAAUAUGAUGGAGAAGGGAUGAGUUUUGUUCUCUACUUCAAACUUGCAGAAAAUUACUCAAAAGAAAUGCCAGUUCAAUUUCAGGAAAAUCUCCAGAGGUUAAUACAUGAUGAAAUAGAGAAGAUCAAAGGCUUUCCCAGGGAUACAAAUGCACCCUUCAGGGAAAGAUUGAAAUUCUUGGGCCGAGUUGUAAACACAGAGGAUCUUCAAUUAAGUGCGGCUGAGAAGAAACUGUUGAAUGCAUACAACGAAAAGCCUGUUCUCUCACGUCCUCAGCAUGAGUUUUAUUUGGGAGAAAGCUAUUUUGAAAUAGAUUUGGACAUUCACAGAUUCAAUUACCUCGCAAGAAAAGGAGUUGAAUCAUUUAAAGACAGAUUGAAAAACUGUGUCGUUGACUUCGGUCUGACUAUUCAGGGAAACAAGGCAGAGGAUUUGCCAGAAAAUAUGUUGUGUUGUAUUAGAAUGAACGAGAUUGAUUAUGCCAAGUAUCACGGACUUGGCUUCUAAUCCAUUGCAGAAACAUCUGCAACACAUGCUCAAUGUUACACGGAAUUUUUGCAGGAGUUUUAGCGCAUCGUCCAAAAAUGGCAAUGCAAGAGCAACUCGGUGGCUUACUUUUGGAUCUAGAAGAUGGUGUAGCAGCAUAAGCAUUCUUAUUUGUCUCCAUUCCGACUAUCGGGGUGGCAACAUUUGAUACCUCGUCAAAUUGGAAUCUUCUAUGUUGAGAAUUUUCAAUUCCAUGAGCAGUUGUUGCUGGUGGCUCGCUUCCGGAGGAGGCGGGUGUAUUGAGUCUGUUAUUCCAAAUGCGUCCGGAUGAUCCCUGUCGCCGGAAUGAGUAUGAUGAUCUCUCUAAUGUAGUCAUGGACUCAUGGAUUUACCAAAAAUUUUUAGGAUGUUUGAUAGAAUAUUUCUCUCUACUUUUGGUGGGUUUAUGUUUUACAAAUGUUCAUUGCCUUUUUUUAAAUAACUAAUUUAACGGUUUCUGUGGGCUA